AUGACGGGAAUUUUACCGAGUUAUCAAAGAUUUGUGAACGGGGUUCCUGUGCCGUCCAUUUCUCGACGUUCUUUUCGUAUCCGUGAAAAAUAUUUGAUUAUUUCAGUUCUUUUGACAUUUGCAAUCGUAUGGCUAGGCGCACUGUUUUAUUUGCCAGAGUUUAAAAGUUCUACGAGUGUUAAUGAUAGUGUAUAUAAUGUGUAUAAACGCAUUCAAAAAGCAGGCCCAGAACUUCUUAUGCCUCCGCCUCUCGCUCAAAAUGAAGUUGGCGACUUUCCCAUAGUAGGUAUCGUCCGUCAUCGAGAAGAAGGUGACGAUCCUCAUGUUCUGGAGGAUAGAAAUCGAUUGCGUGCUAAAAUAGACGAAGAUAUGGGCAUGAAAGUGCUCGAGAGGCCAAACUUUGAUGUAGCACCAUCGGUUUCGUCAUCAAAAGGUCCAAGUAAACCUCCCAUCAAUGCCAUUGAAGAACCAGCGUUCAAAAAUAAUGCUGCAAGCAAAGAUGACCUACAAGAUAUAAAAGUAGAUGAAACUAUCAAGAAAUAUGUUGUUCCUGCUAUAGACCCCAGUACUGAUCCUGAUGUAAUUCAAAAAAGGGACACUGUGAAAGAGACUAAACGUGUUAGACCCAGAUGGAGAUGGCGGGAUGAGUUGGACUCGUUCCAGAGAGACUGGUUUAUUUUGGCGGAUGAUAGAGAGAAGUGGAAGAAGAGUAGAGUGUCCUUUGCCCUGCAAUUGGACACCACAGGGUUA